AUGUUCCAGAUAAGAGGUGCCCGUGUUCAUGUUCCCGAACCAUCAGUAAAUUGUCAUAAGAGAGUUAAUUGGAAUUGCCGUACUUCAUUCCAUCUUGUAUCAACUUUUGGUAAAAUUCUGCCCAUUACUUUAGCAGUUGUGGACGUCAAAGAGAUUCAACAUGAAGAAUUCAGUUUUGAAAGAAUUCACUCUGAAACUACUACGGUGUUGGUUGUUCAUGAAUUUAUAUCAUUUCCCUUAAGAAUAGGAGACUUGAUAAGAUUUGUACUCAGAGGUGAAUUCAACACGAUCGGUGAUCGAUUGUUGGAUAUACCCUGCAAAGUAUGUGGUGAUCGUAGUUCCGGUAAACAUUAUGGGAUUUACAGUUGUGAUGGUUGUUCCGGUUUCUUUAAACGCAGCAUCCAUCGUAAUCGCAUUUACACUUGUAAAGCAACUGGUGAUAUGAAGGGCCGUUGUCCCGUAGAUAAAACUCAUCGUAAUCAAUGUAGAGCAUGUCGUUUAGCAAAAUGUUUUCAAUCUGCCAUGAAUAAAGAUGCGGUUCAACAUGAAAGGGGACCACGCAAGCCUAAACUACAUCCUCAGCUGCAUCAUCAACAUCCAGCUCAUCAUCAUGCCCAUCAUCAUCAUUUGAAUGGUUUAGCGGGCCAUCCUCAUGGUCCCUAUCAUGCCGCCCACUUGCCGGUAUCUUUAGUUACCAAUGUCUCAGCUUCUUUUAAUUAUACUUCACAUAUAUCGACACAUCAUCCAGCGGCUGGUUUUCAUGGACCUCAUCAUCCUACAGCUUUUCAUCAUCCUGGACAUGGUCCCAAUGCCAAUGGAGGAGGACAACAUGUGGCUCCACCUCAUUUACCCUUUCCUCCUCACUUACUGCCUCAAAUGCAUCAUAAUCUUAUAGCGGAGGCUACCAGUAAAUUGCCCGGCUUGGCGGGUACUGCAGUCACAAACAACAAUCUAGUGCCUACUUCUUCAGCCGCCACAAGUUUGCCAGCACUUAAUCAUCAAAACCAAAGCAAUGCAGUACCUACCUAUGAUCUCACUAAUAGUCGUGGUGAUGGUUCUUCGGCAGGUAGUGCUGGAGCUGGCAGUACCACCAGUUUAGAAUUCUAUAAUAAAACUAUGAAUCAAAACUAUUCAUCACCCUCGCCCACAGCUUCCAUACAAUCAAUAUCAUCGGUGGGAGGUCGUUCUUCGUUGGGCAGUGAAUCGCCCAGAGUAAAUGUUGAAACUGAAACCCCCUCCGCCACACCACCUCCGCUAUCACCCUCAAAUUCACCAGGACCACAAGAACCCCUAUCACCUACGGAUACCAAUCAUACUACAAGUUCUCAUUCGCCCAUUAUAUUAAAUAGUCCACUUAGUUUGAGCCAUCAUCAACUACAUCAACAUCACAAUAACAACAAUAAUAACAACAACUCAUCAUAUAACAAUCGUAAUUUAAAUCUACACAAUGCCUCACCCUGUUCGUCGCCUACACGUUUGGCUCAAUCACCAUUACAUCUGACAGCCUUUACACACAUACAGAAACGUUCAUCGCCCCCCACUUUACACACUAUAGCAUCCCUACAAUCAUCAAACCCUCAUAUUGGUUUAGUAGCACUACCACCAACUUCCCUUCAUCAAACUGCAGCCACUUCAACACCUACCACUUGUCUGACAACCAACCAACAAACAUUAGGCCAACAGCAACCACCACCUCCGCCUCCUUCUACGUCUACAACAUCAUCUUCCUCGACAGCUUCGCAUAGCCAGCAUACACAAGCUGCUGCUGCUUUGUAUGCUGCACGUCAAAAUGGUUUCAUUGAAUUGCUCUUAAGUCCGGAUAAAUGUCAGGAAAUCAUUCAAUAUCAAGUACACAAUUCCAUUUUAUUUCCACCGUUGCCACAACAAUUAAUUGGUUUGGAUUCACGUUUGCUGUCCUGGGAAAUGUUGCAGGAGACUACGGCUCGUUUAUUGUUUAUGGCUGUGCGUUGGGUGAAAUGUUUAAUGCCAUUUCAAACCCUGUCAAGGAGUGAUCAAAUAUUAUUGUUGCAGGAAUCCUGGAAAGAACUUUUCCUUCUCAACUUAGCCCAAUGGAUUACACCUCUCGAUCUGGCACCUAUUUUUGAAUCACCCAUAAUCAAAGAGCGUCUACCACAAGAUGAUAUAACCGAAACGGAAAUUAAGACAAUACAAGAUGUACUCCUAAGAUUUCGACAAAUUGCACCCGAUGGCAGUGAAGUGGGUUGCAUGAAGGCUAUAGCACUUUUUACACCCGAUGUACCUGGUCUAUGUGAAAUACAGCCUGUAGAAAUGUUACAAGAUCAGGCACAAUGUAUAUUAACCGAUCAUGUUAGACUGAGAUAUCCCAGACAAGCUACACGUUUUGGUCGUUUAUUACUACUGUUGCCUUCCUUAAGAACUAUACGAGCCUGUACUAUAGAGAGUUUGUUCUUUAAGGAGACAAUUGGUAAUGUGCCUAUAGCCAGAUUGUUAAGAGAUAUGUAUACCAUGGAACCAACAGCAGCGACGAAUAUAGGGGCCGUGGGAGCAGGAGGUCUUAGUGGGAGCUUGAAUGGUGUUCAACAGCAGGAGAAGUAA